AUGAGUCUGUUUGGCUAUAGACUCGGGCUUGUUUCGACCAAAAUGUUUGAUGCUGUUCGUAAAAUCCAAACAUCACGCAAUCUUGAUAAUAAUUUAGCCUACAAGCUACGUUCAUUAUUGGAACAAAAUGAUAAACUCGAAGACAUUCAUGAGGAUAAAAAUAUGAUGCGCUAUAAAACUGAAGAUGGAAAAUUAGGAAAAGCGUCCGUAGACAACGCCAAGUAUGUAUUUUGUAACAUAAAACCUGUACUGCUACCAGUUUUAAGUGUAACCACAGAAGAAUUUGACGAAAUGAUCAAUGUGCUUGGCAAAGAGUUGGAUAACAAUGACAGUUAUCUCGAUAUUAAUCGUGUUUAUGGACGAAAGAAGGAAAAUACCUAA